ACCCACCCGAGCCCCUCCCUCCCCCCACCCUGCCCCCCUCCCUGGCCCCAGGGUGUCCCCCCCCAGCCCCGCCCCGGGGGCCCUCCAUUUCCCGCUUGCCUCCCGCCGUGCCCGGACGCCUGGAGCCGCCGCGAUGUCCCCACCGGUGCCAGCGCUGACCCCGGAGCAGAAGAAGGAGCUGGCGACCAUCGCCCAGCGCAUCGUCGCCCCCGGGAAGGGCAUCCUGGCUGCCGAUGAGUCAACUGGCAGCAUCGCCAAGCGGCUGAGCUCGGUGGGGGCGGAGAACACGGAGGAGAACCGCCGCUGGUACCGGCAGCUGCUCUUCACGGCCGACAGCCGCGUGGACCCCUGCAUCGGCGGCGUCAUCCUCUUCCACGAGACCCUCUACCAGAAGGCGGACGAUGGGCGCCCCUUCCCCCAGGUCAUCCGCAGCAAGGGCGCCCUCGUCGGCAUCAAGGUGGACAAGGGGGUCGUGCCCCUGGCCGGCACCAAUGGCGAGACCACGACCCAGGGGCUGGACGGGCUGAUGGAGCGCUGCGCCCAGUACAAGAAGGACGGGGCCGACUUCGCCAAGUGGCGCUGCGUCCUCAAGAUCUCCGAGCACACGCCCACGCGCCUGGCCAUCAUGGAGAACGCCAACGUCCUCGCCCGCUACGCCAGCAUCUGCCAGCAGAACGGCAUCGUCCCCAUCGUGGAGCCCGAGAUCCUCCCGGACGGUGACCACGACCUGAAGCACUGCCAAUACGUGACCGAGAAGGUGCUGGCGGCCGUCUACAAGGCGCUGAGCGACCACCACGUCUACCUGGAGGGGACGUUGCUGAAGCCCAACAUGGUGACGCCGGGCCACGCCUGUACCAAGAAGUACAGCCCCGAGGAGAUCGCCAUGGCAACCGUCACCGCGCUGCGCCGCACCGUGCCCCCCGCCGUCCCCGGCAUCACGUUCCUGUCGGGGGGGCAGAGCGAGGAGGAGGCGUCGCUCAACCUCAACGCCAUCAACCGGUGCCCGCUGGCGCGGCCCUGGGCCCUCACCUUCUCCUACGGGCGGGCGCUGCAGGCCUCCGCGCUGCGCGCCUGGGCCGGCAAGAAGGACAACACCAAGGCGGCCCAGGAGGAGUACGUCAAGAGGGCCCUGGCCAACUCCCAGGCCUGCCAGGGCAAAUACACCCCCAGCGGCCCGGCGGGCGCAGCCGCCAGCGAAUCCCUCUUCGUCUCCAACCACGCCUACUGACGCGUCACGCCGACGUCACGCCAGCGUCACGCCAGCGCCGAGACACUCCCAGCCCCUCCCCCCCCCACCCCGCAACCGUUUUGUCCCCGCCCCCCCCUUGUUAACGCCCCCCCCCCCCCCGCAGGACAAUAAAAUGGCGGCGGCCUGAGCAAA